CACCAGUCCUCAGAAGACCGCAAUCAUUCGCUGCCCUUUCCACCCUGCUCUCUGCCUCUUCAGCAACGCGAAUUAGCAUCCGUCAAGCUUCAUAUAAACAUAAAAGAUUUCACGCGGCAUCGCCGCCCCACGAACUCGCCCACAAUGUCCGGUACACCUUUAGGAAAGAGUCUCUCGGUGGCAGUAUUUUUGGAUAAGAUCCAGAUAAACAAGGAGGAUCAACAACAAAAACGUACCUAUAAAAUGAUGCUGAACGAAGCCGCCCGAGCAUACGACUGUUUUGCCCUGGACCGAAACAACCUUCGACCCGCACUGCGAGCGAACCCCAAUAUGGCCCCACCAUUCUCACACUCCGAGAUGAGUGAGACGGCCAUCGAUUAUGGCAUCAACAUGAUAUGGCAAAAUGCCAGUGCAGCAACAUGGCCGUAUUAUUCCCGGGGCUGGUAUACCGAUGCGAGUGGAAAUCGAGACAAUUGGAUCAUCCGUUGGACGCUGUAUCACAUUUUCCGAUACCGGGACAAAAGAAAUCAGAAGAAGAAGAGCAAGAAAACCAAGCUCGUCAUGACAAAUAAGUCAUCAAGCGAUGAUGACAGUGUCUUUGACGAUAUGGAUUCUCCAGAUAACGCUAGUCACAGUAAGCUUUGCCCCCAAAUAAUUCUUGGUCAUUGAACAAUGGACUGACUCUGAUUCAAGUGGAAUACUCUUCGGAUGCCUAUACUUCUUCAUUCCAAGAAAGCCCAUCGCCGCCGUGGAGGUCUGACAGCGGGUUCUAUGAUCCAGUCAGAGACGCUCUCGGCUGAAGGGCCUCCAAAAGAAAUUUCACGUCGAAACGAUGUUAUGACUAUUCUUCCUCACGACAGAUAUGAAUUGCAUUUUAUCAAUAGCAUCCACAUUGUGGGCAAGGCCAUAUGUAUUUGUAGGUUGAAGGUUGGGCGAAGCGUAUCAUUUUGAGCAGUGGCGAGGCCUAUAGAUCCGCUCGGACAUAUGCAGGAAGCCUUGCUGCCUUUCUGGCGUUCUACAGCACCUUGGUG